AUGGCCGGCAUCCGGGUUUAUUACACCAGCGUCACGGGGUCUAGAGAGGUGAAGCAGAGGCAGUCAGAAGUCCUUCGCAUUCUGGAUGGAAACCACAUGAAGUACGAGUUGGUCGAUGUGUCCAUCAGUGAAAGUUUGCUUCAAGAAAUGAGGGACAAAGCCGGCAACCCGGAUGCGAUACCCCCACAGAUCUUUAACGGGGAGCGCUACUGUGGGGACUCCCAGAUGCUCUACAAAGCAACGGAGAAUGAAGAAGUUAGGGAGUUCCUGAAGAUGGGAACCAUAGAGAAGACAGGAAGGGGAGAGAUCGCCAUCUGA